CCUAACCUGUUCACACUGCUGUCAGCUGUUGCUAAAAAUUUGGUUUGCAACACAAAAAUAAAAAAUGGUUUUGUCAAAGGAUGAGCAAGAGUUCAUCAAGCGCAAGCAUGAACAGACUUUAAAGCUGCGCAGUGAGUUCCUAAAACAGAGCUCGAAUCCUUAUCGUCAUGCCACCGGCGAGGGCGGUACCGUGUUCGAUGCAGGAUUGUCCCGGUUCCAGGCGAUGCGCGUUUCCCAUUUCGAGCACUUCAAGCCCACCGGCAAGUCCUUCCGUACGGGUCUGUUCGCCGUAGUUCUGCCUAUUGCCCUCUACGCCUGGGCUUUGAAGGCGGAACGAGAUGGCCGCGAGGAGAAGUACCGGACUGGCCAAGUGGCCUACAAGGAUCGCCAGUUCAAGUUCAUUUAAGCUUUACAUUCAGCAAAUAAUCUUCGAUUUGUAGUGGAAUUAAAACGAAACCAAAACAAAACUAA